AUAACUUAUGCUAUUAAGCAAUAUGUUCAUGUUGGAUAUGAAAUAACAAAAGGAUCUGAUAUAGUAGCUACUACCUAUAAUUUAGCAGCUCCAGCUUAUUUUUCUCCUAUUGCAAUUGCUAGUUUGUGUAAUAAAGAACUUCAUCAUUCAGAACCAAAAGUCUUAACGUACACUGAACUAUGUUCAAAAUGGAUAAUAGCUUUACCAAAACCCCAAAAAAUAGAAGAUACUAUGAUAAUAGAUACAACUAGAGAUAAUAAUAUGAAAGAAGUACAAGAUACUUGCAUAGUCAUAGAACACACAUCCAAUAUUGACUUUCCUUGGAAUAAAGAAUGGGCAUUAUAUAAAAAUUUGGUCUAUGGUAAUCGAGAUAGGAGUAAACAGAUGUCAGAUACAGUUAAAAAAAUGCUUGAACAAAUGUUCUUGCAAAGAAAUAUUCAUGCUAAAGAUCGGAUAAAUGCUGCUAAUAUGUAUAGUAGGCUAAAAGAAUUUGCAGAUAAUAGAGAGUUAGAGCAAGAUGAAAUCUCAAAAGUCUCCACAAUUCAAGAAUAG